GCAAAAACCUGUCAGGCGUUAGUGUGUUUGUAAACUAAAACUGCGGGCGAUUUAGUCGAGGAAAUCCACAGGAAAACGCAUCGAAGAAGGCUUUGUCAUGAGGGUGUUGGUUGUGUGCCUGGCCGUUUUCUUGGUUGCGGAGGCAUCGAUCGAGAAGCGAAAUGCUUAUAAUCGCCAGUCUUUGCAGCCUUACCAUCCACUGAAACGACAAGCAUGGAAGUGCCAUCCAGGCUGCAAGAAAUUCUGUCUUCCUUCGUGUAAGCGCAGCUGUUGUCUUCCUAACGCGCCUAACUACACCCCGGGGCAGUUCCCUGAGCUUAUGCAGUACCAGGCUUCAAUGACCGCCCCACCCCCACUCCCACAGGCAUGCCCACCAAGCUGUAACCCCACGUGCUAUCCCAGCUGUGAUGCCGGGUGUUGCGCAGCAAAUAGCGGCUCGCCCCAGGCCUCUCCGGCCUAUCAACCACCUCCGGCAUAUCCCGGUUACCAGGCCCCCUCGCCAUAUGACCCGUAUGGUCAAUACAGCAACCCUGCCGGCUGUGCUCCCGAGUGUGCGCCCGCAAAUACGCCCGAAUGCUGUCGUUCCCAGGCUCUACAGUUAAAUAUACGUCCAGCAUUGUCCGCGAACCCAGCCCCCACAGAGAAGCCAGAGCCAACAACCCGACCCUCGCCUCCCACACAAAAACAAGCUGACAAGCCUAAAAUCUCCAAGUUAAAGGCGGCAAAACAGAUAAGACCGGGAACCCUGUGUUUGCGUAAAUGCCAGAAGUUAUGCCACAGCAAAUGCAAGUUUGUUUGCUGUUUGCCUACACACAAGCACUUUGAUGAUGACCCGAAGCCAGUCAAGAAACUUAAACCCACCUACUACAGAAAGAAGCCACGUGUACCAAGCAGCGACAAAGCAUCACCCACCCCACAGAAGACAAAAAGCGAUUACUAUGUCAGACCUGUGGCGGGACCACAACCCGUACGCUUCCCGUCAUUCGCCGCGGCCACCCGAGCGCCAUCGCAAUUCCAGCCUCAGCCUCAAACGGACUCAUGCGGAGGUCCUGAUCAGGAUCCCUGUGGUAAUGAGGACCCAGACCCCACCGCGAACCCAUUUGGCGCCACUACUGAUCCAUUUCCCACAGACGACUAUCAGCAACCCACAGGGAGCUCCUACGUAUCCCAAGCUCCCUCUGCUACACAGGCAGCACAAGGUGUCUGCCCAGCGGCUUGUCCUUCGUCAUGCGCACCAGCGUGCACCCCUCAGUGCUGUGAAGAGACCCCCGCACAGCCAAUGUUCUUCGCACCACCCCCUCCACCGUUCUUCUUACCCACGAUGCUUUUCGGUAACCCAACCGAGCCUCGACAUGUCGGUUCUCCCGGUUUGAGCCCGUUGGGUCAGCAGUCUACCUGCCCGGGUACAUGCUCUAGCGCAUGCGCACCUGUUUGCUCGCCAAUCUGUUGCGGAGGUCAAGUAGUUGCUGCAUCUCGUACCCAGGCCCCCAUUGCUGUCCACGUCCCUCCCGCCGUCCCGCAGCAUCCCGCACCUCCACCAGCCGUCCCGCAACACGUGGGAUCUCCCGGAUUUAGUGUACCGCUGACCUGUUCCGUGGGCUGCCCUAGUAUGUGUGCUCCCUCGUGUACUCCUGCAUGCUGUGCAGGUCGACCCAGUUCUCCUGGUCUUCACCACCCUCUUCCAGACCACCCUAGAGGGACCUGCAUGGAACCGACAUGCCCCAACUCGUGCUUCCCGUCAUGCACUUCGAGAUGCUGCAGCGGAGCCUCGCUUCCAGCCAACUGGGAUAAGAGAAACAGCCUUUGGAGAUACAAAACAUCCCGGAUGUAGAAUAUCCCGGAUUACGUAAACAUGGAUUCCAAUUUAGAAGUGGUAUCCAUGAGACCUUGCGACUUUUCAACAAAGAUGCUGAACAAAGACACCAUAUAAACAAAAUUCGUCUGAUUGGGGUCACUUUUGCUCAGGCUCAGAGAAAACUUUAUUUUGUCAGCUUUGAGCUCGAUAUUUUUUUAACCUGAGAAAGGUAUGCUGUUUGUAUGAGGGAUGCUCGUUAUUUUGUGGGGGAAGGGCUCCGCACCGUGAAGAUAUAGAUGCAUUCACGGUGCACCCCACCCUCACCCCAGGCCACAGGCAUCUAAAAAAUGGGGUAAUUUCUUAUUGAUGAAAAAACCUAUGACUGCGCACCAGCCUUUGAGUCAAUCCUAAUGUCGCGCUUGAUAGUAGGGGAAGUAUAAUAUUUAAGAAUCGAUAUGUAAAUAGGCUAGGCAGUGAAUAAUUCUUAAUUGCAAAACACGAAAGUCAUAAAAAUACCACGACUUGAUGUUCACUUAACGUUUGCAAAUGUACACUAUGAUGUGAUAAAAUAAAUAUAAAUUACCAACGA